AGCGCCAUGAAAAGACAGCAUAUAUAGCCUACAUUCCACAGACCCUACAGAGUAUUCUCUACAAUAUUUUUUUUUACUGUGGUACCUAGAAUAGUUUGUUUUACACGCCAAUAAUAUUCCAUAUACAGUGAUUUGCAUUGGGGGUAUUUGGCGUGUUGCAAAUGUCACUUAAAUAUUUAUAUUGUUCAUGUGAAGGAAAUUAUUAGUUUAUUGACAUGUUCUACUAUUACGCGGGGGACUUUUAUUUUGAACAUUUCAGAUCGUCAUGUCUUCCCUCUGGGUGGGUGUUGUAGAAUUUGGAUUUACCUGUAGCCGCAGGUAAUAACCUACACGGGCAGACGAAGGAACAGAACACUGUGGAAUUUACCAAAAGAAGCUUAGGGUUGGUAGGUUGUUAUAUGUCUUGGAAUCGGCUGCCUUUGUUGUGAAGAAAACACAGGUGGAGAGUUGAGAAACCGACACACACAAACUCGACUCAAAGGAAGAACGUUUUCCUUACGGACUUCCGUAAUUUUAUCGGCGUCAAGAGUUGCCAAAAGUAACCCAAGCGAUUUAUGCGGUCCCGGGUGCUUUGAGCCAUGCCUGGCCACAGCACAGGGGCUCCUCAGAAGUCCCGCCACGACAAACAGCACAGGGGACACAGAACCAGGGCUGACGGCUACAAGCAGGGCCGCACCAUCUCUAGAGACAGUACUGCCAGCCAAGAGCCCUACAAGGACCCCCAUGUCGACCACAAUACACGGGAACAGUAUAAUGGUGACCACACCCGUCACUCUGAGGGCCAGCAAGGCCGCAGGGGAACCCCCCCAACACGACGCGUCAGCGGGCGGGGGUCAGUGACACUGGGGUUCAUCCCUGGCUCAGCGGACUCACCCCAGAGCACAAAUGCAUGUGGCUCCUGUGCCUCUAUGGGCUGGAGUGGCUGCAAGGCUCUCCUCUGCUGUGUCCUCACCUGUGGCUUCUGUGGCAGCCGGGAUCUCUGUCUGCCUGUCAACAACGAGAGCUCCACAGACCACCCCGGCAAGGCUGACUCUGAGCAGCCCCACCCCCCCAACGGCGUGGCCGUGUCCAAACCCACCUGCGGCAUCCCUCUGGAGCCCAGCAUGAAGCCAGCCAAGCAGUCCUCCAAGCUGCCUCCCAGUGACAGCUUCCGCUACAAGGAUGUCCGCAUCGGGGGCCAGACGGUGGUCUAUCCCACGUCGUCGGGCCCCAAGCGGACGCGUCCUGGCGGCAAGGGCGACAGCCAGCGUCCCGUCAGCAACACCAGCACCAUCUACUCCCGGGAGGACCUGGAUCUGGACGACCUGAGCGACAGCGGCACGGACAUUGACUCGCUCAUCACUAAGAAACUUCUAGAGCUCUACGCGCUGCACCAGAUCGACCAACUGGCCAAGUGCACGUCGGACUCGUCGUUCUCAAGGAAGACCAAUGAGAUCAGCGAGCUGAUCUGCAACAUUGCUCAGGACUACAACCUGGAGCAGCGGGAGGCAGAGUGCAGGCUGGUGCACGGCGUCAUCCGCAUCAGCACGCGCAAAGGCAAGAAGAACAAAAACUCCAAUUCCCAGGCCCAGGAGCCAGUGCACCAGCAGCCGCGAGCAAACGGGAGGAACGACCGAGGGACCCUCCUUCCUGACAGUGGCAAUGAAACCAUGACGUACACCUUUAACAGCAGUGAGAUGGAGCCUGAGGUGAAAGUGUCGGAGCUGACACGGUCGGACGAACUAGCCAGGAAGAUGAGGCACUACAGUGGAAUAAAUGACUCCUCCAGCUCAGCUGCAGCCUACUCUCACUACCAGCAUGACACAGAGACUGACUCGUCAGGGGCCCCAUUGCUGCACGUCCUCUGAACGUCAUGACAAGGUCAACACAACGUCCAGGGCACAACAUUCUCACGGGCCUCAACC